AUGCUCAGGACAGGCAGUCUUCUGUUGUCUGCAGAGGAUACGCCGCCCUCAUACCCGACUGAACUGGAUGCCCGAUUAGACGGUUUGUUCUCGUCUUUCGUGGCGUCCUCAAUGCUCAACUCACCCUCCAGCUACUACGGGCAUCAGAAUAAGCUCAAUACCCUUCUGCGGAUGGCGAAUCUGAUGGCCAUCGCUCCGGCCCUCGAGAAUGCAUGUGCCACCGUCAAGGAUAUCACGCUUAGUGAUGAAGGGCAUUUGACGGCCAUCCGCCUUGGGGGCAGCAUUGGGGACGUCGAAGUAACCCUAAGCCUGAAUCCCCAUACCCUUAUCCAGACACAUCGGCAUGAUAUCGCGCUGCAAGUUGCGGACAUGCGCACUGAAUUGGCCCUGGUCGACGGAGAACUGACGGAGGCCGUGCUAACGGGCGUAGGCAUUGAAUCUAAUGACCGCUCAGGCCGGGGCGUCACGGAUAUCCGAGCAGAGUGCUUUCUUCUGAUGGACGAACGUGCUGAGCGACUACAUCAGUUCAGGGAUACCGGUGGCGUAGUCCCAGCUAUGAGCGAGACACUGUACGUUUCCAGCUAG